CGAAACGCCGGAUAAUCAUACAUAAUAAACAAAACGGGGGGAGUAAAGUUCCUUCUGUAGACCUAACAUUUACAUCUGGCCCACAUAUAAAAAACUUCCCAACAGAGAGUCCAAAUGAAACAUUUGAAAAACGAAUCCAUUUUCAGCUCACAAUUGUUUUCUAUCACCUACUACUAUUUGCGCCAACCUUAAACUAAAAUUAUUUGGUUCAGUGUUUAAUGCUUUACUAUGAAGAGACCAAUCCAUGAAGAAUCAAAUAACAAAAUUAGUAUCCAAUGGACUUUACAAACAAGCCAUUAACUUAUAUUCUCAUCUCCACCAUUCCUCUUCUUUAUUUCCCACUAAAUUCACUUUCCCUUAUCUCUUCAAAGCUUGUGCUAAAUUAAGCUCUAUACAACAAGGCCGAAUACUCCACACCCAUUUAAUUAAAUACGGGUUUAACAACGAUGUAUAUGCAGCAACAUCACUUAUUGACAUGUACAUGAAAUUCACUUCAGUUGAUAGUGCAUUGAAGGUGUUCGAUGAAAUGCCUCAACCAAAUAUUGCUUCUUUAAAUGCUUGCAUUUCUGGGUUUUCUCAAAAUGGGUAUCAUGUUGAAGCUUUUAGAACGUUUGGGGUUUUUAGUGGUUCAAAUUUUAGUGCCUUAAAGGUGUUUGAUGAAAUGCCUCAACCAAAUGUAGCUUCGGUAAAUGCUAGUAUUUAUGGGUUUUCCCAAAAUGGAUGUAAUGUUGAAGGUUUUAGGAUGUUUGGGGGUUUUAGUGGUUUAGAGUUUAGGCCGGAUUCGGUUACUAUAGCUAGUGUUUUAUCAGGAUGUGUGAAUAUUAAUCAUGGUGUUCAAAUGCAUUGUUGGGGUAUAAAGAUUGGGGUGCAAAUGGAUAUAUAUGUAGCUACGUCGAUUUUGACUAUGUAUUUGAAUUGUGGUUAUUGUGUUUCCGCGACGAGGUUGUUUGGAUUGGUUGAGUAUAAGAAUGUGGUGUGUUAUAAUGCGUUUAUUUCCGGGCUUUUGCAAAAUGGGGUGGAGGAAGUGGUUUUGGAUGUGUUUAAGCAGAUGUUAUUAGACGAAAAACCGAAUGAAGUGACUUUAAUAUCUGUUCUUUCGGGUACUGCUAAUCUUAAGAAUGUGAAGUUUGGUAGGCAAGUUCAUGGAUUUAUUGUGAAAAUCGAGUUACAAUCUCAUACGAUGGUGGGGACCGCACUUGUAGACAUGUAUUCGAAAUGUGGUUUCUGGUUAUGUGCGUAUGAUAUCUUUAAAGAGAUGUGUGGCAACAGGAACUUGAUAACAUGGAAUUCAAUGAUUGGUGGAAUGAUGUUGAAUGAGCAAACAGAGAAAGCUGUUGAGCUUUUCGUGGAAUUAGAAUCGGAAGGAUUGAAACCAGAUUCAGCAACAUGGAAUUCAAUGAUCAUUGGGUUGUCGCUGCUGCAAAAAGAGGCUGAAGCUUUUAUAUUCUUCAGAAAAAUGGUUUCUUCUGGUGUCGUUCCCUGUUUGAAAUCUAUUACUAGUCUUCUGACGGCGUGCUCGUCUUUAUCCUCACUCCGUCGGGGGCAAGAGAUUCACGGAUUUAUUUUUAGGACGGGAAAAAUUAUUGAUGAAUUUGUUGUCACCGCAAUCAUUGAUAUGUACAUGAAGUGUGGACAAUUUCCUUUGGGACGGAAGGUCUUUGAUCAGUUGGAAGUAAAAUAUGAUGAUCCUGCUGUCUGGAAUGUAAUGAUUUCAGGGUAUGGAAGGAACGGGGAAGGUGAAGCUGCUUUUGAAGUAUUCUCUUUGAUGCUAAAGGAGAAAAUACAACCAAAUUCAGCAACUUUAAAUUGCAUGUUGUCUGUGUGCAGCCAGGUAGGAAAAUUGGAGAAAGCAUGGGAAGUUUUUAGCUUGAUGAUUAGAGAUUUUGGCUUAACCCCAACUCUAAAACAACUUAAUAUUAUGGUUGAUCUACUUGCUCGAUCUGGUCGGCUGGAUGAAGCUAGAGAACUACUACAGCUCAUUCCCAAACCUUCUGCAUCUGUUUUUGCUUCUUUAUUAGCAGCUUCUGAGCAUUUCUCUAACGCUAAGAUGAUAGAAGAAAUGACCAAAAAGCUCUCAGAAUUGGAGCCAGAAAACCCUGUUCCCUUUGUGAUUUUGUCCAAACUUUAUGCUAGACAAGGAAGAUGGGAAGAUGCUGAAAGGAUCAGAGAAACAAUCGAUGAAAGGGGACUCGAAAAACUACCAGGCUACAGUACUGUAGGAGUGACAUAAAGAAAAACAUCUUCUAUAUUUUAAAAAUGGUCUAACUGACUACUAUUGGAUCUUAUGCCUGAUCUGCAUGAACUUGAUCUUGCUCUUAUUUUUUGGCUCGCAUCAUUGCCCCAAGAUUCCUUGCGCAGAAAUCCAAAAUCGAUGUCAAGGUUGAUGGUGAUUCAAAGAUGAAGAAAAGGAUGAGAUCUCUGAGUGCAAGCACACAAUUGACUUUAUUAACCUCGCCACUUGUCACAGAUUCAGUGAACUAACUUGGAAGCCGGGCAGUACGAAGAGUUGGAUCAAGCUUGCGUGUUAUUAGUGUGACAACCUUCAUGGCACCACGUGUUGCCGAAGCAAUUGUCUGUGAAGUCCUUUCUGGUCAGCUUCCUUCAAUUAGGAUGGGCAAAUUUGAACAUUGACGCAGAAAGUAACAGAAAACAUCUACAAGCUUAUAUGAUAAAGGUCAAAUCAUUGUGACAUUGAGAAUUGAUUUUGAAUGUGAUUAUUACGGUCAGUAUUUUCUGAUUUUUGUCUGGAUUAACCAUGAGAAUGUCUCUCUUAAUUGCAACUGUAGUGCUUAGCUCAACCAUGAGAAACGUGCUGUAAUUUCAACUCUAAUGAUUCUGGAAGUCGUCCAAGUUCUCAAAGGCUUGGAUACUAAUUGAAUCUGUUUAGCGCUUUGGACGCCAAUAA